AUGACAGAACCGGCGGAGCCGCUCACUGAGGGGACCUCCCUUAUCAGAGCCGUUUAUCAGAGACGCCUCCGCCUCACCAGACUCUUGCUGGAGGGCGGUGCCUACGUCAACGAGAGCAAUGAAAGAGGUGAAACCCCUCUAAUGAUUGCCUGCAGGUCAAAACAUUCGGAUCCCCAGAGUGUCAGCAAGGCAAAGAUGGUUAAAUACCUGCUGGAAAACAUGGCUGAUCCCAACAUCCAGGACACAUCUGGGAAGACAGCCUUGAUUCAUGCUUGUCAGGAAAAAGCAGGCCCUGAAGUGGUGUCUCUGCUCCUGAAAAGUGGAGCUGACCCGAGCCUGCAAGAUCACACCUGUCGCUCUGCACUUGUGUAUGCAUUAAACAACGAAGACAUAGAGACCCUGAAAAUCCUUCUUAAUGCCUGCAAGGAACAAGGGAAAGAAGUCAUCAUCAUCACCACAGAGGUGUCCCCGUUGGGAAGGCAGAAAACAAGGCAGUACAUAAAUACUCUUCCUGCAGACCUCGAGGAAUGCUGCUCCUCAGCCACCUGCAAUUCCCCCUCAGACAUUAAAUUGAAGUUAUCCCCAUGCCCACUUCCAAGUUCAAAGGGAACUCAAGAAGGACUCUUCAGCUUUAAAGAGCUGCAUCUUCCAAGAAGGGUGGAAAGGCCAUCUCAGGCAGCAUCACCAACAAGAAAACGCAGCUCAGCAAAAGUAGGGCCCAAGAUGGCACAAGCCCAGAGGCUACAGUCUGAGCCUUGGGCGAAGAGGUCUCCAUCAGUGUUAAACCAGAAGAGAAUUGCCUCUUUACAAGACAACCCUCCGGGUACCACUGCAGAGGAAAAGCUCUCUUUUAAAAUCAAUGGCUUUUCCUUGUGGAAGAAAUUAAUCACCAAGAACCCAAGUAUUGACAUAAAAGACAGAGCCCGUUUAUUGAAAACCUUCGAUCAACCUGGAUCAAAGAAAUUACCACAUGAUGAGAGAAAUUCUUGGAUUCCUUCUGCUAACGAGAAACAUAAACCCAGUGUGAUUCCUAGAGGUAAGGAUACCAGUUUGGAACAAAUCAACUUCCUUUCAAACCUCAGCAGCAUUAUCCAGAGAAGAAAUUUUGGAGCAAAUCACUACAGCUCUGAUUCCCAGUUAACUGCAGAAGAUAGAAAACCAGUGACACGAAAGAAGAAAGUUCAUUCUCCAGCUCAUUCUUUGCGUUCAAGUUCUAGAGGAGCACUGGAGAACUUGCCUCCUAUUCCCCUGAGCAGGGGAAAUCCAUCUGUUCUACAAAGACAGGGUUCAGCAGCUUUAUCACUGAAUCAUGUUGCUCAGACAAGACCAGGUUUUCUUCCACCACUGAGUGUGAAUCCUCACCCUCCAGCUCCAAAUAAUGGAGUUUUCAUAAACAAGUUUUCUGGGGUGCUUUCUUGUGAAAAAAACCACUUACCACCACUAGCACCUGCUUUCCCCAAGGAACCAGUGCUGCUAAGGAGACAGUCCUUACAGACUAAGCAGAUUAAGCAAUUACUGAAUUUUUAA